UAUGACGGCCGCUGCUCCUUCUUCGGUGGCAAGCCAGCGCUACCAGAAGGGCUGGGAUGGUUCAUCAUCCUCGGUCUCGGAACGAUCUUUGCUAUUCUUACCUCGAUCAUGGUGUGGAUUGGAAACCGCGGGAUGGAGUCCGAGUCAGCCACCUCCGAGCACUUCACCUCUGCUGGCAGAACCAUCACUGCCGGUCUCACUGCCUCCGACGUUGUUAGCAAGUGGACUUGGGCUGCUACUCUCCUUCAGUCCAGUAACGUAGCCUUUCAGUAUGGUGUGUCUGGACCCUUCUGGUAUGCCUCUGGAGCCACCAUUCAGAUCAUUCUCUUCGCUAUUCUCGCCAUUGAGAUCAAGAGAAAGUGUCCGGCUAUCCACACCAUCCUCGAGAUCGUGCUUGUGCGUUGGGGAACUGCCGCACAUCUCACCUUCCUGUUCUUCUGCCUUCUCACCAACCUUAUCGUGACGGCUAUGUUGAUUCUUGGUGGUUCCGCGGUUAUCAACGCCCUGACUGGAGUCAACACGUACGCUGCUUGCUUCAUCAUUCCUCUCAGCACUGUUGGAUACACUGCCUUCGGUGGUCUUAAGGGUGAGACCUUGUUCUAUCCUGCUGCUAUCUACGCUGGACCCUCCGACCUCGGAUCGACCGACAAGGUGUGGGAGAAUCUCAAGGCCAUCACCCUCAAGAACCCCAUCACGGGCAACCUGCACGGCAGCCCCCUCACCAUUUGGUCUCGCGGCGGUCUCAUCUUCGGUAUCGCCAACAUCAUCGGAAACUUCGGCACCGUGUUCGUCGACCAGUCCUACUGGCAGGGAGCCGUCGCUUGCAAGCCCUCUGCUACCUGGAAGGGCUACAUGCUUGGAGGCAUGGCCUGGUUCGCCAUCCCUUUCAGUAUGGCCACCACCCUCGGCCUUGCUGCCAGGGCUCUUGAUCUUCCGAUUACCAUGAGCGAGGCUGGCUCUGGCCUUGUUCCUCCAGCUGUUGCCCUGCACGUCAUGGGACAGGGAGGAGCCUUCUUGAUCGUUCUCCAGCUCUUCUUGGCCGUGACAUCCACCGCAAACUCCGAGCAGCUCGCCGUUGCUUCCCUCUUUGCCUACGACGUGUACAAGAGGUACUUCAGACCUCAGGCCUCCGGCACCGACAUCAUCUUCGUCUCUCGUGUCGCUGUCCUCGGCUGGGGUAUCUUCUCCGGUGUCAUCGCCAUCAUCCUGUUCGAGCUGGAGAUUGGCCUUGGCUGGGUUUACGUGGCUAUGGGCAACUUCAUCGGCUCUGCUGUGUUCCCUCUCGCCGCCUGCCUCACUUGGAAGGACUGCUCUGCCACUGGUGCCAUCUGCGGUGCCUUUGCUGGUCUUGCCGCUGCCAUGAUCACCUGGCUGGUGAUCGCCGACACCUACUACGGCGAGGUCAACGUGGCCAACAUGGGCAGCGACUACGCCUUCUUGGGAGGCAACCUGAUGGCUCUCUUCAUCUCUCCCAUGUUCACCAAGAGCUACUUUGGGUUCUGGGUCGCAAUCGCUUUCAUCUGGGGACACGUGGCUGCUAUCAUUACCGUCAUCUAUCCCAUCUGGGAGGUGCGACAGGACAUUUAUGAUGUUCUGAUGGGAGGCAAGCGACAUGUUCCAGGUACAGACACUCUUUUUGCUCUCCUCCUCUCGUCUUCUUCCUUCCUCUCCUCGUCCUCCUCCUCUCCCACUCUUUCCUCGUCCUCAUUCCUUUACUCUUCCAACCUCGUUCACGGUCUCACCUUGAAUCAGAUCAACCCAUCACCCAAGUUUCGAUGCACGGUCAGCACAAGUACUCUGUGCACGGGGCAACGGAGUGGAAGGAUGUGUUCUCCUACCACGGCAAGCAGGUGGGAGAGGACAGGGUUGUCCGAGGCCAUUGCUGACGAUGCUGCUGCAGGCUGA